CUCCUUCUCCCCCACUCCCUCAGAAGCCCCCUUCAUCCCUCCCCCCCUCCUCUCUUCUCUCGUUUCUCCACCAAACACAGGAAGCAAAGGAGGACGGAAGGCCAUACGAAGAGACUCGCCGCGGUUUCCUCCCUUACCGGCGUCGCCAUGGAUCGUCCCUCCCUCGGCGGCGCUACUGCGGUACUCCUCCUCCUCCUCCUUGCCUCCGGCGUCGUCUCUGCCUCGUCGUCGUCGCCAUCCUCCAAGGCAUUGACAGAAUCCGACGCCUCUGUGGCCACAUUGGCCACCGCGUCGUCCGGCGGGCAGAUCAACUCCAACUCGGUGCUCGUCGCCCUCCUCGACUCGCACUACACGGAGCUGGCGGAGCUGGUGGAGAAGGCCCUGCUGCUCCCCUCCCUGGAGGCGGCCGUUGGCCGCCACAACCUCACCAUCUUUGCCCCCCGUAACGAGGCGCUGGAGCGCGACCUCGACCCCGAGUUCAAGCGCUUCCUCCUCGAGCCCCGCAACCUGCGCUCACUCCAGACGCUCCUUCUCUACCACGUCGUCCCGGACAGGAUCCCUUCUGAUGCGUGGCCCCAGUCUCGCCACCCUACACUCGCCGGCGACCACCUCCACCUCUCCUCCUCCUCCUCCAAUGGAUCGACCGCCGGAGGUGAGAAGAAGGUCGGCCACGCGGCUGUGUUGUACCCGGACGCGGUGGUGCGCCCGGACGGUGUGAUCCACGGCAUCGAGCGCCUGCUCGUGCCUCGAUGCGUGCAGGAGGACUUCAACCGCCGGCGAAGCCUCGCGGCCAUCUCCGCCGUGCUCCCCACCGGCGCGCCGGAGGUGGAUCCCCGCACCCACCGCCUCAAGAAGCCGGCGCCGCCCGUUCCGCCCGGCGCCCCUCCCGUGCUCCCGAUCUACGACGCCAUGGCUCCCGGCCCGUCCCUGGCGCCCGCCCCCGCCCCCGGCCCGGGCCACGGCAAGCACUGGUUCGACGGGGAGAGCCAGGUGAAGGACUUCAUCCAGACCCUGCUCCUCUACGGCGGCUACAACGAGUUUGCGGACAUACUGGUGAACCUGACGUCCAUGGCAACGGAAAUGGGGCGGCUAGUGUCCGAGGGCUACGUGCUGACCGUCCUGGCGCCUAACGACGACGCCAUGGCGCGACUGACGGCGGACCAGCUGAGCGAGCCGGGGGCGCCGGAGGCCAUCAUGUACUACCACCUGAUACCGGAAUACCAGACGGAGGAGAGCAUGUACAACGCGGUGCGGCGGUUCGGGAAGGUGCGCUAUGACACGCUGCGGGUGCCACACAAGGUGAUGGCGCGUGAGGCUGACGGCUCCGUCAAGUUCGGCGCCGCCGAGGGCUCCGCCUACCUAUUCGACCCCGACAUCUACACCGAUGGCCGCAUCUCCGUCCAGGGUAUAGACGCCGUGCUCUUCCCGCCAGACGAGGAGGUGCCGCCGGCCUCACCCCUCUCUCCCGCCGCCCGCAAGGCCGAGAUCGCCCAGGUCAAGGGGAAGGCCAAGCUCAAAGCCAAGCUCAGGAGAGGGAAAUUGUUAGAAGUUGGGUGCAGUUUGCUUGGGGUGUUGGGUCAACGCAAUCGCUUUGCCACCUGCCAAUAGAGAGACUGAGAGAGAGAAAGGGAAAUGAGACAAAGACAAGAUAAGAAACCAAAUGUUACCACCUGCCCUCCUUUUUCUCUGGGUAAGAAUAAUGAUGAUGAUGGUAGGAGGGGAGGGGAGGGGAUGAAUUGAGUUGUUGUAAUGUUGAUACUAGUGUAAGAACAUGUAUAGGAAACAUUUUCUUUUCUUUUGCUGUAUGAUGUUGUUGUUGUCAGUAUCAUCCAUAAUUUGUUUGGAUACAAAGUCAAGUUGCAAUAAUGUCUUCGAAGACUUUUCUGUGCU